AUGGCACCAAAACCACAGAAGAGCCCCAAGGUCGAGAAAAGGGGCAGAAAGAAGACGAAGCCACAAUUACUUGUUGCUGAGGAAGAGGAGCCAAUGAACAUGGAGAGCAUGGGCCAUCCAGAAAUUUACCCAUUAGUAUUAACUACCAAGACCCAGGAAAUAUUCAACUGCCGAGUAGAAGAAGAUAUGACAGACGAGCAAACGUACAAGCUCAUCAAGAAGGAAGAUAUCUUGGCAGACCUGCAAAACCGAGCCGCGGUGUCUGACUUCCACCCAGUCAAAAAAAUCGUCCGGGAGUACCCAGGGGAGGAACUUCUCCUCGUUUACGACAAAGACUUCAAAUAUGGACUUAACUUUUACCUCAUUGGAACAGAGGAAGGCAAGGAAAACUUCUUAAAGACGCCAGAAGUGCCAGAGGAACAGGAAGAACUCAAGGAGUACGUUCAGGAAGAAGUGUACAUCUACAAGCCACCGGUCUCCAAGCCGUGGCUAUCUCUGGGCAGCGAAAAAGAAAUUGAGGAAGAAUCUGUCCAAGAAUCGGAGAAGCGGGUGACCUACAUGAUUUCUAGAAAACGGUGUGAAUUCGGCGCACCGGUAACUUUCAGUGACCAGAAUGCCUCUAGCAUAAAAGAUGCCUACAUUGAGUGCACAUCUUACCCAGACAAAAAUUACACCCUCACACAAGUUGAGAGAGAUGCGGCCUUGCAAGUCAUUGCGGAAGUCAAGGACACAAGCACACAGACAAAAUGGGCAUUUCCAAAAAAUGCUACCACACAGUAUUAUCCAAGAGAAUUCUCAGAAGAGGAAAAAGACAUCAUCAGAGAAUCAAAAUCUUUCGCCGACUUCUUCAACAGUGUGUCCACAAGCGUCGAAAUAGCCCUGCAGCAAAACGAGAUCAUGAACACUUUUAUCGAUGACUGGAAGAACCUCGCCGAGGAGGAGAGCGCCUUUGGGGACAAGACGGACACCCAUCUGAAGGAGUACCAGUCCUUUACAGACCUUCACAGCACCAUGGAGAAAAUGAUUACCUGUGUCUCGUGGCACCCAACCAUCUACGGGCUCAUAGUGGUGUCGGUGGCCGUGCGCCUCUCCUGCGAAGAAAGAGUGCACUUUUCAGGCAAACUCCUGCUUCAGCCGUCACUGAUCCUCUUCUGGAGUUUCUCCGACCCCAUCCACCCUCAGUUGAUGCUGGAGAGCCCCGACGACAUCUUCUGCUUCGAGUUCUGCCCAAGUGACCCCAAUAUCAUCGCUGGAGGCUGCAUCAAUGGACAGAUCGUCAUGUGGGAUAUCACGGCACACGCGGACCGCAUAGAAAACAUCAAGACAGGAAGCAGCAGAAGUAAAAAGGCCUCUCUCAAGCCGAUGUUUCUCCUUGAACCAGACAGCAACAAAGAAACAAUGUACAUCAGACACUGUGCGGUGUCUUCAAUUGAAAACGGUCAUAGGAAAGUAAUCACAGACAUACACUGGCUGCCAGACUCAUUCGAGAUUAACAGGAUGGGAUCUGUCUUUGAGAACCGAAGUGGAAUAAAUUGCCAACUCGUCACAUGCUCAGCAGAUUGCACAAUUUGUUUUUGGGACAUCCGACCCCAAAAACCUGCAGUCACAACUGCAGCUGCAGCAGCCUCAGCAGCCACAGGCACCAACAACGCAAACCCCCCACAACCACCGGCAGAGAAGAAGAAAGAUGAGAACAUUGAGAUUCCUUUUGAUGUGCCCUCGACUUUCCUGCACCUAGAUCUCUCCUGGAAACCCCUGUCUAGGAUAAAACUGUCGAAGGGCGAUACAAGUUUAGACCACUGUCCAACCAAGCUGAGCCUGGGCGAAGACCCCUUCCUUUGCAAAAUACAAGGUACGUCUUCCAUCCAUAUUCUUCUGAAAGACAAGAUGUUAAGUCAGAUCAAGAUGGUAAAGACAGCAGAAAUUAACCCUUACCAAAACCUGGAAUCGGGGACAGCCAAUAUCCUCAAGCCCAUAGAGGACUUCUGCACAAAAUUCUUCGUGGGAACAGAGGAAGGUGAGGUGAUAUACACAGACUGGAAAAUGGAGAGGGACUCUGAAACUGGACGACUUAUGGCCAAGAAGCCUGUGAACCUCUACACUGUCCACGACGGGGCUGUCCACACUGUGCAGAGGUCACCUUUCUUCAACGACAUCAUCCUCACUGUUGGGGGAUGGAACGUGGCCAUCUGGAAGGAAGAGGUUAUGACCGGACCGCUCCUCCAAACGUGCUGCGCACCGAAAAGGUACACGGCCGGGCACUGGUCCCUGACGAGGCCUGGGGUAUUCUACAUCGGCCGAGAGGACGGAUACGUCGAUAUCUGGGACCUCCUGGAGAAAACUCAUGAACCAGCCCAGUCCCAGAAUAUCUGCAUCACCAUGAUCACCUACAUCAAACCCUGGACCUUCUCCUCUAAGCAGCAGUUUAUAGCCAUAGCUGACUAUUAUGGAACACUGCAUAUCUUAGAAAUCCCUUGGACCUUAAGUCAUCCUUCCUCUAACGAGGUAUCAAGUGUGAACUACUACUUUGAAAGAGAAGUCAGGCAUCUGGAAUAUGUCCAGCAGCGCAAGGAAAUCCGUGAGCAAGAAAAGAAAGAUAUGGCCAUGGAGCUGGUGAGGAAGAAAGCGAAAAUCUAUCAAAAGACAAAAGAACAAAUGGAGGCCGAGCUGAAGUUGGAGUACGAGAGCUAUCUGGAUCUUGAGAAGUCUGUUCUCUUCGCCCUCGGCCUAGGCAAGGUCUCAGAGAAGAUGUCGUACUUGGAUUUGCAUUAG